GACCACCGUCAGAGCAACCGGCCAGUCCCUCGCUCUCUGUACACCGGUUACUGUAACUGCAUAUCGAGUUGGUGACAAAGACAGAAAGCACCCACUCAACUCAUGGCUCUCGUGCGCGGGCUUUUGGUAUACAGUUGAACAUUGGGGGGUCAGAAGCCAGCGAAAUGCCAGGAAAAGUACCAACUUGCUUCAGCUCAACCCUCGCCUCAUCGUCGCCGUCUGAGUUGUCGAGGGACGACGAUGAGGUGCCAGUGGAUAUCUUAAAUUUCGACAAAGUAUCGAGAAUUCGCCGGGUGUUAUUGACCUCGCGGUAUCAUCGAUAGAUCGGUGGAGACAUCAAUCGAUUGGAUACGAGAGUUUAAUUUGCAUUGUUAAAUGGUUGGGAAAAAUCAAUGAAUUACUUCCGUCAUUGUGAUCCGGAUGGCUUAUGAGUGAUUAAUGAAGACUUCUUCUGGGUGAAGGGGGGGUUAAAACAACUCCACGUGUGCCAGUGUUUAUGGUUCGCGAAUAUAAUCAAAACAUAGGGGGAAUAGUGAUGAUAGAUCAGUGGAAUAGUGCGGUGAAAUGAUAGAUUCACGUGAAUUACGGUACCCGGGAUGUAUUAAUGGGGCGAAUGGGGAUGAAAAAUCCAUUGGAUGUAUGUUGACCUCGUCGCCUGCAGCAUCCAGUCACAAAGGAGGUGGAGGAAGGAGGUGGAGAAAGAGGAUCGAUGCCAUGUCGAGACGUGACUUGCAGUUGGGUCACGCGUCGAUGCACAGGAUCAGCGUGAUUAUACGCUUGUAGAAUAUUUCAAUUAAUAAGUUGAUCAAUUUCACGAUCUGUCACAGACACCAGCUGAGAUAGUGUGCAAUUACCAGGAAUUCUAAUGUCUUCCUCCAACCCACCCCGAUACGCUGUCCUUUACAUUUGCACUGGUGUAGUGCAGAAUCAGCCGACUCAGCCGACUCAGCCGUGAUAUAUGAACCAAAACAUUAGAUAUAAACGCAGUCACUCAUGCGGCCAAUUUCCUCGUAUUUCUUCCAUUGAUUAAAACUAGGUGAAAACUGACACUUCCGGUUUAUGUGAAUUAUCAAUCAUUGAUUAAUGGGAUAUACUGGAUACGUGACACGAUGAGAAUCAAUUUUUUUAUGAUUCAUGGAUUUGAUUAAUUAUAUUUGACGAAUUUCGUUGACAAGAGGGGGAGAGAGAUGGAUUGCUGCAAUUAUGUGCAGCCCUAUCCCGGACAUGGGCAUUUCUAUCAGCAACAUUUUUGUUAUGACAACAUGAAUGGAUAUGCUGGCGGCUAUGGUGCAGCUCCGAUUGCCGAUACGAUCGAAGUUAACGCGCGAUAUGCGAGGCUACAUGCUGCUUAUCCGACAGACUACGUGUACAAUCCGAAGGAGGCCCGAUUGCGGAAAGCAAUGCGCGAGCAGAAUCGCGAAUUAUCGAGGCAGUCGGUCUUAUCUGCGCCAAUUUCAACCCCUGAGAAUGCAACAAACAACACCGGCAGUAAUUCUACACCAGUUUCAACGAAUUUUAUUAAUCUAUCAAUGACGUGUUCAUCGCCAGCACCUCCGGGCCAGAGUGGUUCGUCCUUGUCGGGCAGUUCGUCCUAUAAUCCUGGGAGGAUCAAUCCGUGGUUUCCAAUCGGUCAUGCAACACCCGGAGAUCACGUGAAACAGAUGAUUCCCUACAGACAGAUGAUGCAGGCCCACCAGCGCACCUUCGACAAGGCAAAAGAUGUUUUGAGGAACCAGACGUCUAUUGCUGAAUGUGGAACAGCUUUUCCAUCAUCAAGCCCGGCAUCAUGUUAUCCAGGGGAUUUUUCCCUUCACGGUUCCGCUCAGCAGUCGAGAAUUUCUCCGGUUGAUAGUGACACCCGUACCAAUGGAACUGGCCUCGAGAGCAACGAUUACUGCGGCAUUGGGGAAUUCACAGACGGCCAGAAGUGGCAUCCUUACCAGAACGGCCCAACAACCUACCACUCGCGCAGUGGACCGAUGACAAAAAUAUCGACUCGUCAUGCUAUGCAAAAUGUCAACACCAUUAAUUCACAUGCACAGGGACCAUGGAAUCAAUUUUGCGGUGUCUCGAUGUCCCCGAUGGCCGCACAGAGUCCGCUAAUCCGCAGCCCAAGGCACAUGGUAAUGCUCCAAAAUCAACAGGAACGACACUGUUUCCCUGAUGAACUUCCUCUGCCCUAUGUCACCAAUAAAAUUGAUCUGGCCCCACGAAUGCCACCCGGUUACUCUCAAUCGACUUAUCGGGAGGCGGAAAAAGGUCUCGACGGAGCGCCGAGGUGGCAAUCUGGAAAUCCGGAGCCUCCAGUGAACAAUUUGAUGACCCAACAGCCAGAGGCACAUGUUGAGGACAACCAAAAGCAACCGAAGAAAGAGGAGACUAAAGAUUUUACUGAUGAUGAAACAGAUAAGCCUGAGAUGCCCUCGAAACAACCUUUACCUGGUUUUCAUCAGGCUUUUGGGUCCACAGAAAUUGGAAGAUUCUCCAGAUCUGAAUUUUUUGCCAAUAUGGUCAGUGAAAAUGGAAAUCUCAUUCCUGAAGGUUAUUUCUUCCCAUCCAUUAUCCCUUACCCCCAUAAAAAGCCGUCGGCCGAGGAGAUAGGGCCUAACGAGUGCUACUGGAUUGGACCCAUCGUGGGAUUUCCGAUGGCAAAUAUGACGAAUCCUUCGAAGUGCACCCCCUACAUGGAGUUACCCCCUCGCAUGAAUCGCGAUUGGAUGUUUCCGGGGCGUAUGAUGCCCCAAGACCACGUCCCAAUGAUGGAAAGACCCGAGUUUUUCUUUCACGACAACUAUCCCCGAUUUAAUGUUCCCGAGCGAGUCCACUUCAAGGAAGAUCAGUCCACUGAUGAGAGUAGCACCUCCAGAACUGAGGGCUCUAGAUGCCCGUUCGAGGGUUCAGAGGACCAGGAGAAAAAUGAGGGUGAAGAGUCAGAUGAGCAGAAAGACGUGGAGGAAGAGGAAGACGAUCAAUUUAUUAAUGUUGAUGAUGAUUGAGAUGUUCAAUUUUUUCAUUCAGCGAAUUCCGAAAAAUUAUUAGAUUAUUCUCCGAUUGAAUUAGAGGCGUUCUUCGAUAAAAUCCAUUCGUUUCGUCGAUAUGAACCUAAUGUCUUGGUGAAUUUAUUGACAAAUAAAUUGUUCAUUCCGAUGAAUUAAAUGAAAGUCGCUUUUUUGACAUUUUCUUAAGGUUUUAUUCCGGCGCAGGGAUUUCAGUCAUUUUAUUUUACCAUGAAGCAAAUUUAAAAGUGACAUCUUAUUUAUUUCA